AUGAGCCAAAACCAGGCAAUAGAGUAUGAAGAUUUGCUUCCUAUCAUGGUCGAAAACCUCGAAGCCGAUGUUUUCAAGGCGGAGCUAAAUGGAUUCAAGCUUUUGGCUGACCCAUCGAAGGGUUUGAUAACAUUUGAGAGCUUGAAGAAAAAUUGUACUCUUUUGGGUUUAGAUUAUCCCAGAGAACUCAUGGCCAUGGUUGGAGAGGGAGACAAUGACGGUGAUGAAGCUUUAAAUGAGCAAGAGUUUUGUAAGUGCAGAUCUCAUGAGAGAGGCGCAGGUUUGCUUGAAGAAACUGUGAUCCAUAAGAUUAAGAGAGUUAGGGAGAGCUGA